AUGAUUUUGUUUUUGUAUCCGUUCGCAUCCGUCUCGCACCCAAAAGCGAGACACGGCAGAUCAGCCAUACAGCAGCUCAGCUACCCUGACGGCAGUUCGGCCAUACUUGCAGUCAGUUACACCGAUGGUCACACCGACCACAUAGCAGUUCAGCUACCCAGACGGCAGAUCAGCCAUACAGCAGCUCAGCAGACACCAGCCAGUUCCGGAGUGAAUCUUGUUGUGUUCACCUGGGAACGUCCAGUUGAGGUGAGGCUGCCGGCGUUAACUUAUCAUUAG